CUGUUUACUUAGCACACCUUUGGGUUUCUGAUCUGAAAGUUAUGUCGCUCUCGAAACUCGUUUAUCCGACCGGUGUCAGGUUCUGUCCGACAGAGGAGGAGAUUUUCUAUUAUCUCCGGAUCAAAAAUCUGGAAAGUAACACGAGCCAUGUCGAUCAAGUCAUUAGCACAGUCAAUAUCUCUAGCUCCGAUCCUUGGCAUUUACCUCCCAAGGCGACUAUCAUUGUCGAAACGACCGAUCUCGUUUGGUAUUUCUUUGGUCUUAUAGAGACCAAGUACAACAAAGGCGUUCGACAGAGCAGACAAACACAAUCUGGGUUUUGGAAGAAAACUGGAGAGACUAUGGAUAUCAAGCCAAAGAGCGGUGAUGGCGAAAAGAUUGGUGAAAAGAGGGUUUUGAUGUUUUACUUGAAAAGUGGAUUAAAAUCCAAAUGGACUAUGCACGAGUAUCAUGCUACGAUCCCUGACCAGGUGAUGACAAAUACACUCUGUAAAGUAGAGUUUAAGGGUGAAAAGAGAGAAAUCGAAGAGAGCCGCUCUUUAUACCCUGCUCCAAUGAAUAAUACUAUUAUUGGUGGUUUGAUUAAGAAUCCAUCUAAGAUUACUGGAUCUCCUCUUGAUAUGGAUGCACUGGACCAGGUUAUGGAUAAUCUAUUGAAUACUGAUUUCAAAGGCUUGGCUGAUAAUGAUGAUGACCAACAGAGUAAGGAUGUUUACAUGGAAGAAUAUAACAGAUACGAGCCUAAAAAGCCAUUGACUGGUUUCAUUGAUGAUAGUAGCGACUCUGAUUCGACUUCUCCAACAACGAGUUCCAUUCAAACUUGGAGCACUUGUGAUAGUUCAAAUCAAAUCCCCACAGACCUGCAAGAAUCUCCUACCUCGACAAUCAAAGAAACACCCGAGAAGAAGAAGAAGACUUGCGGUGAUGACACACUAGUGAUGAACAAGAACAAAAGAGCUGGUUUCUUUGGCAGGAUGAUACAAAAAUUCGCCAAGAAAAUUCAGUUAUGUUCUUCAGUCUAAAGAACAUGCAUGGUAUCAAUAAAUAAGCUUGUUAGUCUUGUCUACCUUCCUUAGCAAGAACAAAAAAAGACUGUAUAUAUAAUACAGUUCAUACAG